AUGGCGACCCAAAUCCCCGUCGAUCCGACCUUGAACUCGGCCAACACUCUCAAACUCGAAAAUACGCACAAUCGAGAUGUCCUCAUUGCGAUCGAGAAGAAAUAUCAGCAAGAGUGGCAGAACAACAAAGUGUUCGAGUCGGAUGCCCCCACUACGGACGAAAUACCCUUCAGCUCAGUCCCAGCCUCAGAGAUCCGGGAGAAGCACCCAAAAUACUUUGGCACCUUCGCCUACCCCUACAUGAAUGGCUCGUUACAUGCAGGACACAGCUUUACAGUCAGCAAGGUCGAAUUUACAGCCGGCUUCUCGCGCUUGACUGGCAAGCGAACUCUUUUCCCUCUUGGUUUCCACUGCACAGGCAUGCCGAUCAAGGCCUGUGCUGACAAACUGGUCGAUGAUGUGAAGAAAUUUGGCAAGAACUUCGAGAACUACCACGAAGACGACGAGGAGGGCGAGGGAGGCGAGUCCAACGGCGUCGCUAUUGCGCCUACACAAGGUGUCAAUGUCAAGGACGACAUCACCAAGUUCAAAAGCAAGAAAGGCAAACAGGCUGCGAAGACCGUCAAAGCCAAUUACCAAUUUCAGACAAUGUUGGCCAUGGGAAUUCCAAAGGAGGAGAUCCACAAGUUCGCCGACGCAAACUACUGGCUAGAGUACUUUCCCCCUCUGUGCGAACAAGAUUUGAUCGACUUUGGAGCAAGAAUAGACUGGAGGAGAAAAUUCGUUACGACCGACGCGAACCCAUACUACGACGCUUUCGUACGAUGGCAGAUGAACCGCCUGCACGAACUCAACAAGGUCUUGUACGGGAAGAGAUAUACAAUUUACAGUCCCAAAGACGGCCAGCCUUGUAUGGACCACGACAGGACGAAAGGUGAAGGCGUAGGGCCCACAGAAUACACUGCCCUGAAACUCAAAGUCAAGGAGUGGUCUCCCGAGGCUUCAAAAGAGGUGGAGAACAAGAUACCGAAGGAUGCAAACGUGUACUUUGUGCCUGCCACAUUGAGACCGGAAACAAUGUACGGGCAGACGUGUUGUUUCGUUGGUUCUAAGAUCAAGUACGGAAUCUUCGAAGUCUCGGAGAAAGAGUACUAUGUCGUCACAAAGAGAGCUGCGUGGAACAUGGCGUUCCAAGGUACGUUCUUUGAUGAAGCUCAUUUCCCUCGGGAUCAGAGCGAACUGCAACCAGUGCUGGAAUUACCGGGCUCCGCUUUUGUCGGCACUCUUGUCAAGGCUCCUUUGUCGGUACACGCGGACGGAGUGCGGAUUCUUCCUAUGGAAACAGUCUCGGCCACCAAGGGCACAGGUGUUGUUACGUCGGUUCCGUCAGACAGUCCUGAUGAUUUUGCAACGGUUAGAGAUCUGGCUAAGAAGGCUGAAUUUUACGGUAUCAAGCAGGAGUGGGCUGAGCUGGAGAUCAUUCCCAUCAUCGACACCCCGGCCUACGGCAACCUCGCCGCAAAGUACCUGGUAGAGACGAAAAAGAUUCAGUCACCUAAAGAUGCCACCUUGCUGGCGGAAGCCAAGGACAUGGCUUACAAGGAGGGUUUUUACAACGGAACGAUGCUGGUGGGCGAGUUCAAAGGCGAAAAAGUAACAGAAGCGAAAGACAAGGUUCGCAACGCCUUGAUCAAGUCUGGAGAUGCUUUCCCAUUCGCCGACCCGUCUGCGGAAGUCAUAAGCCGGAGUGCCGACGAAUGUGUGGUGGCCUACGUUCCGCAAUGGUUUCUGAAUUACGGGGAGAACGACAAAGAAUGGCAGCAGACAGUGCUCAACUAUGUCAAGAAUGGCCUGGAGACAUAUAUCCCCGAUACGCGGAAUCAGUUCGUCGCGAACCUGGAAUGGUUGAAUCAAUGGGCAUGCGCAAGAACUUAUGGCUUGGGCUCCAAGCUUCCCUGGGAUCCCACAUUCUUGGUGGAAAGUCUCAGUGACAGUACGAUUUACAUGUCGUAUUAUACGAUCGCUCACUAUUUACAUGGCGACAAGUUCGGAAAGACUCCAGGGUUGCUCAACAUUAAAUCCGAACAGAUGACUGAUGAUGUGUGGGAUUACAUCUUCACUCGGACCAGCGACGUCGAGAGUGUCUCUAAGUCGUCCAAGAUCUCGGUUGAAUAUCUCCAUACCCUCAGACGAUCCUUUGAAUACUGGUAUCCUCUCGAUAUGCGAAGUUCUGGCAAAGAUCUCAUCCCCAACCAUCUCACAUUCUUCCUCUAUAUCCAUAUUGCCCUCUUCCCUCCAGAAUAUUGGCCCAAGUCCGUGCGGUCGAACGGUCACCUUUUGCUCAACGGCGAAAAGAUGAGCAAAUCCACCGGAAACUUCUUGACGCUCAGUCAGGCGGUCAAGAAAUUCGGUGCCGACGCGACACGGAUCGCCCUCGCCGAUGCUGGUGAUGGUAUGGAAGACGCAAACUUCGAAGAGAAGGGAGCCAACGCUGCCAUCAUGCGUAUGUAUACGCUCAAGGAAUGGAUCGAAGAGACUUUGAAGGACCAAAACCUUCGCGAGACACAAGGCGAAGUCAUCUGGGACAAACUGUUCGAAGAUGAAAUGAACCUCCUCGUUCACGAGGCAUACAAACAUUACUCUGACACAAACUACAAACUCGCUCUAAAGUCAUCCUUGUACGACUUCCAGUCGGCGCGGGACUUUUACCGUGAAGCAUGCCUCUCAGGUGGCACGCCCAUGUCCCGGCCGCUCGUCCUCCGCUACGUCGAGCUGCAAUCUCUUCUCAUUGCGACCAUCGCGCCCCACUGGGCCGAGUACAUGUGGCUCGAAGUGUUGCACAAAGACAGCACGAUCCAGAAGGCGCUGUGGCCCGAAGUGCCGGCGGCCGAUCUCUCGCUGACGGCGAUGCGGGAAUACGUCAAGGGCACGAGCAGCAACAUCACCAGCGCCGAGGCGCAGGCGGCCAAAAAGAUGGCCAAGGGCAAGAGCUCGGCGUUCGACCCCAGGAAACCGAAGAAGAUCACCAUCUUCGUGGCCAAGCACUUCCCCGCCUGGCAGGACAAGUACGUCGACCUCGUCCGCGACAUGCUCAGCAAGAGCCGCCUCGACGACGACAGGGCGCUGAACGGCCAGGUCGCCAAGAUGGGCAAGGGCCCCGAGCUGAAGAAGGCCAUGCCGUUCGUCCAGGCCCUGAAGAGGCGGAUCGUCGUGAACAAGGAGACGCCCGAGGCCGUCUUUGAUCGGAAACUGCCCUUCGACGAGGUCGCCAUCCUGACCGAGAUGAAGAAGGGCCUGAUGAAGACCACCGGCUGCAAGGACGUCAUCGUCACCGUGGUCCGGGACGACAACAAACAGGACCUGCCGCCCAUGGCGGAGCACGCCAUCCCAGGCAGCCCGGCUUUCUCGUUCGAGAACAUCGAGUAA